AUGGCGAAGCUCAGCGUGGACGACGAUUUCAAGCCUACUUCGGUUUUUGUGGAGGAUGCUGAGGCUCAGGGGCGUUUGGGGAGUUAUAAUCAGAAUGUUAAUGCGAGAAUCCUCAACCCCCUCGCUGGAGUCUCUAAAAAUGACCUGUUCGAUCGGGUUUUGAGAUUUUGCCAGGAAUAUGGAUUUGAAGAUCAUGUCGAGACUUUUCAGAAAGGCGCUCUAGUAGCGCAGAACCAGAAGGGCUUUGAGGAUCUCCCGGAACUGACUGAGGAGGAUAGAUAUCACCUGACACGGGAGACUACUCACAAGUGGCAUUUGCCGAAGGCUCUGUACUUCAGUAUCGCUUUGUGCUCUCUGGGCUCAGCAAUUCAAGGAUGGGACAACACUGGUGCAAAUGGAGCCAACCUCUCAUUCCCGCAGGAAUUUGGCAUUGAAGAUAAUAAAUGGCUAGUUGGAGUUAUCAACUCCGGACCAACGCUUUUUGGGCUUCUCAGUGCAUGGGCAGCAGAUCCUCUGAAUAAUUGGCUAGGUCGCCGUGGCACUAUAUUUCUCACUGGUCUCUUCUGUGUCUUCCCUGUGCUAGCACAGGCUUUCACGCAAAAUUGGUGGGGACUUUUGCUCUGCCGUCUAUUCAUGGGCCUCGGAAUGGGUGUCAAGAUCUCGACAAUCCCCGUGUUCAGUGCGGAGAUUAGUCCCGCUUCAAUCCGUGGUGGUUUAGUGACGAGCUUUCAGUUGUGGGUAGCAUUUGGUACCCUAGUUGGUUUCUGCUCCAACCUGAUAUUUUAUCGCGUGGGGCGCCUUGCUUGGCGGUUCCAGCUCGGCGCUGCCUUUGUUCCCGCUGUGCCCGUGUUGUUCUUUGUUUGGUUUUGCCCUGGUAAGUUGGGCCGCUACCAAGAAGCGUUCCUUUCUUUCUGCCGGUUGCGCAAUAGCGAGCUUAUUGCUGCAAGAGAUCUCUAUUAUGCACACUGUCAAGUCAUGACCGAGCGAGAUGCAUUUUCUGGAAAGUCCUUAGGACACCGUCUAUGGGAACUAUUCGCAGUUCCCCGUCUCCGUCGCGCUAUGAUCUCCAGUGCGAUUAUCGUCACCGCACAGCAGUUCUCGGGAAUUAACAUUAUGAGCUUCUAUUCAUCCAGUAUCUUCUCGGAGGCAGGAUACUCCACUAGAGACUGUCUUCUCGCAUCUCUUGGGUUUGGUUUGACCACAUUCGUAUUUGCCUUUCCUGCUGUGUGGACAAUGGAUACGUUUGGCCGUCGGAACCUACUGUUGUUCACUUUUCCUAACAUGGCCUGGUGCUUGUUAGCGGCAGGACUUUGCUUCUUGAUUCCCAGUGAAUCCAGUGCUCGAGUACCUCUGAUAGCCUUGUUCAUUUAUCUGUUCACGGCAUUAUAUGGACCAGGAAUGGGGCCUAUUCCGUCCAUUUACUUCAGUGAGGCGUUUCCGCUCUCACAUCGUGAGCUGGGUGCAGCAUUUACUAUCUGCGUGAACAACGCUGUUGGAAGCGCUCUGACACUUAGCUUCCCAUCACUGCUGGCCAAGACAACCCCAACUGGAGCAUUUGGAUUCUAUGCCGGGUUGAACAUACUUGCCUUCAUCACCAUUUUCUUGGUGGUUCCGGAGACCAUGCAACGCACCCUGGAAGAGCUUGACUACACGUUUGGUGUUCCUAUCUAUCGACAUGCCAGGUACCAGAUUGGCACUUGGCUGCCAUGGUUUAUUCGUCGCUAUGUUUUAUUCCAGCGGUCUGCCAAACUGGAACCGUUUUACCAGUUGGAAGGGCUAUAA